GGCUGAAUCAGACUCGGACGCUCUGCUCUCGCGCUGAGGAACGUUGAGGAGCUCUUACGCUUGACUUCACCUCAGGGUUCUUGGACCUCCUCUUAAAGACUCUCCAAGGAACGUUCCCAACAUUCCCAGGCAUCCACGUCAUCCACCAUGAUGAACGAAUCUCUAGGGACGUUCCAGUUCUCCUGCAACACCAGCCCAGACUCGGUUCCUGACAUCUACAUCAGCGUCACCAAGCAGGAACCGUACCACAUCGCCAUCCCUAUGACCGUGUUCUACAGCGUCCUCUUUGUUUUCGGGGUUCUCUUUAACGGCAUUAGCAUCCUGACGCUUCUCACCGACGCCCGCAUGAAGGCGAGCGCCAUCCAGCUGUAUCUCCUCAGCCUGGUGCUGUCCGACAUCCUCCAGCUCCUGACCAUCCCCAUCACCGUGUACCGCUACUACUGGGAAAGCUACCCCUGGAGACUCGGAGAGCCCUUGUGCAAGGCCUACUUCAUGGUGCGCCAGAUGUAUUGCGCCACCACCAGCUGGGUCAUCCUGGCGUUCACCGCCGAGCGCUACGUGGCCAUCUGUCACACCAUGUGGUCCUUGUCCAGCUUGAGGAGAUCUAGACUGCCGUGUCUCCUGGGAUGGAUCUGGCUUCUCUCUCUGGCGUCCUCUGUGCCAUUCGCCAUGGUCUACCGGCACGCCCGGGCCUGCAUCCUGGACUACGGUGCCACCUCUCCGGACAAGGUGUUCGUGGUGUCCACCAUGUGCGAGAUGACCGAGCAGGAACCUUCUCCAAUCUACAAGGGAGCCCUGCUUCUGAGGGGUAUCCUCUGCUUCCUGGUGCCACUCAUGUGCAUCCUUGCGCUCUACGUCCUCAUCAUCGCCCACUUCCACUACAACAGCCGCCAGCGCACCGCCAUGGGCAUCACCAGGGCCGUCUCAGGGGGGCGCAAUCCACAGUGCCUCCAGAACGGGAAGCUGCUUCUUCAGGAGAAGAGGGCUUUGCGGCUUAUGGGUGCGGUGGUGGUGGCGUUCUUCAUGUGCAACUUCCCCGACAUCGCCUCCUCGCUCAUGCAGGUGUACGUGGACUCGUGGUCGGGGACGGUCCUCAGCGUCUACACCGUCCUCAAGUCCUACCUGUCUCUGCCUCUCUGGUACGUCAACAGCGCCCUGGACCCCAUCCUCUUCUGCAUCUCCUCCAAUGUCUUCCGGAAGGCCUGCUGGAAGACCAUGGGUCCCCUCAGACCGCGGUGUCCCCACGUCUGCGGGACCAAGAGCCAUGCGUCCGUCACCAGCGUCGCCAGCCAGACCUCCACGGGGGCCGCCAGCACCUCCGCAUGAAGAUCGCUCGAUUGCACUUGGCAUUCUUUGGGCGUUCAUUAGGCGUUUGUUUGCCGUUUGUUGGGUGUUCAUUGGGUGUUUGCUGGGCAUUUGUUGAGUGUUCAUUGAGCGUUCAUUGGGCAUUUAUUAAACAUUCAUUGGGCGUAUGUUGGGCGUUCAUUGGCGUUUGCUGAGUGUUCGCUGGGCGUUCAUUGGGCAUUUGCUGGGUGUUUGUUGAGCGUUCAUUGAGUGUGUUCAUUGAGUGUUCAUUGAACAUUCGUUGGGCGUUUGCUGGGUGUUUGUUAAGCGCUCAUUGAGUGUUCAUUGAGUGUUCAUUGAGCGCUCAUUGAGUGUUCAUUGAGUGUUCAUUGAGCGUUUGUUGUGCGUUUGCUGGAUGUUUGUUGAGCAAUCAUUGAGCGGUCAUUGGGCAUUCAUUGAGUGUUCACUGAACGUUCGUUGGACGUUUGCUGGGUGUUUGUUGAGUGUUCGUUGGACAUUCAUUAGGCGUUUAUUGAGCGUUCAUUUAAAAAAAACAUGCAGUGGAGGAGGAGGACUAUGUUCUUGAGGUCACUGUCUUUUGAAUGCACUGCUAUAAGUGAUGAGCUAAAGCUCCUAUGAAAUCACAUUUUUGUUUUUUCGGUGUUGUUUCGUUGGGUUUCUUGUUUACACAGUAAAAUUCACAGUGUUAAAAUUGUAGCGUUAAAUAUCGAAGUGUGUUUUAUUUCCCACAGUGUCAAAAUUCAACUCCCCAGUGUUUAAUCUGGAUCAUAAGCUUCUUCUUUUAAUUUUAGGGUUUUUUUGUUGUUGUUCUUGGUGUUUUGGUGUUGGGUUGGAGGGUAGAUAAGGGUCUCCACUUGAGAAUUUUCAUAUUUCAAAGUGUUACAUGGUAUUUCUCGUUAUAAAAGAAGCUUUCUCAGGAGAAAUAUGUGAUUUAUCCUGCAGUAUAGCUAGCUUUAAGUCAAAAUAGGCAUUUCCAUUUUUGCUAAUUUUUAGUUUACUACAUAAUUUCAACAAACCAACUCUGUGGUUACACUGUGUCCACAUUGCUUGAUGAAUGGACCAAUAGAAUCUCUGCAAAAUUACAUGAAAUUAACUCUUUUAACAUUGACUUCUAUUGAAAAUUAAGAAGUUUUUUUCUCUCUCCUGUAAAGUUGCUGUUUUGGACAGCAACGAUAUGCAUUUUCCUCUUAUACCUGUCUUUUUUUGUUGUUUAAUUUAAGGAAUUUCCCAUAAAUACUGUGUUUUAGAGUUUUGGUAAAUAAACAAGGUAUAAUUUCAGGUAUAAAAUUCAAAAUUUUUGUAUGUUUUAAUAUUACCAAAAAAUCCAUCUAUCCGUUUUUUAUAAAUCAGCUAAAAGAGUUGUGAUUGUCAGUGUGGAUGGCCCCACCUAUUGUGACAUCACAAUAAAUGAACCACCCUGGCUCCGCCCCUCACCUUUCAACCCCCAUCAGAGCCCCACCCACUAGAUCUUCAGUUGAAAAAGCAUUUCCUUUUCAGUCAUUUCAGUCUGUAGUUUGAGAACCUCAGUUCCAGACAGUACACAGCAGGAUUAUCCAGCAGACUUCUUCUGAUGGAGGAAUCUAUACCUACUGUCCAACGCAAUGAGAGUGAUUUAGUGUAAAAAACAAAAAAACUUCAUGAACAUGUUUUGCACAAACCAUAGACCUAUUCUAUUGUAACAACUAGUAGUUCUAUUGUAAAAACAGGUAUAAUACAUUCCCUUUUAUUCUAAAAUAUAAAAACUCUAAACGUUAAUUUAACACUGUUGGUUUUACUGUGUCGAUUGUUUUGUUUCUUUUGGAUUUGAUGGAUCCUCUGUUUGCGUGAAGAACCUCUUCAGCCAUGCUGAUUAUUGGUUGAAGCUGAAAAGCUGACGAAUCAUAAAUCAGAGGAGAAACUGUUCAUCUGCGCCUGAUUGGAGGAUGUUGCUUGUUUUUGCUUUGUGAUUCGCUGCUGUCGUCAGUGCUUUUACUGCUGUACCAGAUAAAAGAAGGUUUACUUCAGCUUGUGGGGUCAUUAUCACAAUACUGUGCCUUUAAUCCCGUAAAAUUAACAAUAAAUGACAAGAUUUUACACGUUAUAUGUUAUGUAUUAUAUUUAUAAGGCUUCAGACUACACAGAAAUCACAUUGUCCAGUUUUUUUCACUUUUUAUUUGACUUUUGGUUCAAUAUUUCCUGUUGUGCUGUAUUGUCCAGCCUGUUAUGGCAAACCAAACGAAAGUUUGAAUAAUAUUAGCAAUUAUUUUACUGCGACAGAGCCGACUAAAGCUUAAGUUUUAAAUAUGUAAUCUUAGUUUGAGUUAUAUAUAACACAUUAAAUUAAAUUAAUAAUAAUCACUUUUUAAUUUUUUAUUAUCUAUUUUAUAUUUAUUUUAUUUUCACAUUAAGCUGCACAAUACUUAAAAAAUACAAAUAUUUUAAUCAUUCCUCUAUAAUGUUUGCAUUAAAAUUAUAUGUUGCGGAAACAAAAGGCACAUUAUAAUGAUACUGACCCUUAUAAUUUUUUUUUUUUAUUUAUAUAUAAGGAUAAAUUAUUGAAUAAGUGUGAUAACUGUAUUUUUUGUAUUAUGAUGUGAUGUAAUUGAGUCUUGAUAUAAUGUGAAACAAUGUGAAUGUAUAUAAUAAUAAUAAUAAUUAUAAUAAUAAUAAUGCUCAGAACUGACCUUCGAACAUCUGAACAUCUUCAGACCUCCACGGUUCGUAACUACCUCUCCUGACCCACAGACAUAAAAUUAUACAUCAUAUCGCACAAGAAACGGUUAUAUUUUUACAAAUAUAAAACUAAACAGUUACGCUAAAAAAAGAAAAUAUGCAUAUUAGAGCAUUUCCACACCUAAAAGUAUACAUUUCGCACAGAGCUUUGUGUCUUUGUUAUGUAAUAUAUGUUAUAUAUACAGUAUUGGGUAAGUUUAGUUUCGGUUUCACUCUUUAAGCUAAGUGGGCGGAGUCUCUCUAUCCUUUACUAUAUAAAAAAUUUGUUUGUAAAAUGUUAGUUUUAGUUUUAGUUUGGAUUUAAGUUGUUUGUUUUUUUAGUUCAGGUGUUGUUCCGAAUUCCAGCUCGCUGACAGAACCCGACAGAAUUUUAAGCUUAAUUGUAGCAAAGCAUUUCUUCAACAACAAAAAAAGCAUUGUUUUCAUUUAUUUAAGGUUGAAAGUAUAAUAAUAAUAAUAAUAAUAAUAAUAAUAAUAAUAAUAAUAAUAAUAAUAAUAAUAAUAAAGACAAACAACAAGAAUCAGAAAAAAUAGAAGAAAAAGUAGUAGAAGAAGUAGAAGAAGAAAAAGAAGAAGAAGAAGAAGAAGAAGAAGAGGAAGAAGAAGAAGAAGAAGAAGAGGAAGAGGAAGAAGAAGA